AUGAACGAUGUACCAGCUUUUACCCCCGCCCGUAGUGUUUCGACUACCUCAAUACUUAGAAUGACAGGCCCUGAGAUAUCCACCCCAGCAUCAUCCAGCGGGUGGCUGCAGUUGCACGAGGCCAUUACGAGCCAAGUCCAGUUCAUCACAGCACAGGUCAAAUCUAUAGAUUUUGAACAUUUCCACCAAGCGUGGCCCUUUUUACACAUUCCAACAUUUGCCCCAGAAAAGCAAACCAAUCUGUUGACAAGUGGACUGGCCAACCUAUCGAUGUGGAUGCAAAAUGCCAACCGUCAUCAUCUGGUUCCGUACGCAAUCAAUCAGGAGCUGCAACGGACACUAAUGCCUAGAAUAACGGAAGAGACCUUGACAGAAAGACCGGCGGCUGAAAUACCACUGCCGACGCUACAAGCACUUGUCAUUACGUUGGUAUAUGCAAUUCUCGGAGAUGCACCAGCUUCCACAUUGAAUUGGGCAGCACAAUGGACCGACAUUGCAAUAUCCACUUUGCGUCGACUUGGCGUCUUGGAUGAUAGGUGGUCCCCGGACGAACAGCUACAAUCCGCUGACGACCGAUGGGUCCAAACCGAGGAGAUGAAACGACUAGUAUAUGCGGUCCUUCGCAUCGAUACCUAUUUGUGCAUAAUACUUGAUCGCCCCCCUACAAUGCGGUAUCAAGAGUUCGGACCACCACUCCCCGUGUCAGAGGCCUUGUGGCGAGCAGAGACAAGGGCGGAUAGAACUAACUUCCAUUGGUACGAACCGGCUGGCCGGACCAAAAGUGCAUUUUCUACAAUGGUUCGUGACGGACUGGAGUCACAGGGGUUUAUGACUGGGUAUCUUAGAAUGCCUCACCUGUCCCUUGAGGAUAACCAUUUCAGUCUCUGUGCCUUCUUGUCCGAGCUAUGGGGAGUUUCCAAAGAGGCCCAUGAGGAACAUCAUCGAAACUAUCGCUCACCCGAAUUGAACCGCACGGCAGACCGAGUCAAGCUUUGGAAAGGCUAUCUCCACGAUUGGCGAGUUCACAUCGAAAAAACCGACAAACUGGAAGACACGUUUUUUGGAGAAUGUAUAAGUGACUCCAACCAUUUUCUCGGUCUCAACCUUACUCUCUAUCACCUUCUUUGCCUCAAGCUCUAUGCCAACAUGCGCUUACUCGAGCACAAGAAAUGCUGCUCGGUUUGCCAAGAAGCCAAUAUCGAAAAUGUCAUCAGUAUCUGGGCCCGAUCUCCUGAUGGUCGCCAGGCGGUCUAUCAUGCCGCUCAAUUGAAGCGCAUUUACGAGCGGGAGAGCAAUCUUUACAAACUCAAUGACCAACGCCUAUGCAACGUGCUUGGACCUGCUGGCUUGUUGGCUAGCGCCAUUGUCCUCUGCACCUACAGCGCCAAGGGAUUGGGGGCCAAUACGCCCGAGGGCGAUACCAUUAUGACAGCGCCGACCGAGGCAAUCGAGCUAGGUCAGUCUGAUCUAGUGGGCACGCCUGAAUUCGAGAAUUGGGUCUCUCAGGGUGGCCCCGCUACCGUUGAUGGAAUCCCUCUACAUGCUUUCUCAGUUCCCCGCUUCUCAUCCUGGCACCGUGAUCGUUUAGCAACCUGUCCAGUCUAUUCGACGCGGUUGGUCACCUUCCUCCUCACAUUAAAGUUUUGA